AUGGUUAAUACAAGGUCUGAUGAUGAUAUUGAUAAGAGCUUAAAUGAGAUUGCGGCUCAUGCGAAGAAGCCUCAAACUCCUGUUGUUAAGCCUGUUAGCAAGGAAAAACAAAAACGAACUCUGAAAUCUCCUUGUAAGAAAGCUGGUGUUAAGUCUCCUGUAAAGAAAAAACAGAAAAUUAAUGUUCAAUCUGCUUCUGCUUCAGUGAAGAAGGUUAAGAAUGUUACUGGUAAGAAGAAUGUUAAGGUUGUUUCUGAAGAAUCUGAUAAUGAACCUUAUUCAGAUACUGAAAAAAAUGUUCGUCAUAGAAGACCAAAUCGAAGACGCUUAUUUGCUCAUAAAGAUGUUCCUUCAAGUAAUAAUAAGAAUUUUGACUUUGUGGUUGAUCCAAGGAAGCACUUUUUUGGAAAAGUCAAUGUUCCAUAUUCAUUUUCUGUUUGUGCAAAUAUUAGGAGAAUUCUAUCGAAGGAUCAGUUUGUCAAGCUUAAGGAUAGUUGCUUUGGUAUUUUUUUUGAUUUUGAUAGCGCUCUUAUGCAACAUCAGUUGAUACAUUCUUUGAUGUUAAGGGAGGUUUAUUUUUCAGAUGAUAAAGAGUUGUGGUUUGAUAUUUGUAGUAGGAAAAUGAGAUUUAGUAUGUAUGAGUUUGUUAUUCUUACUGGAUUGCGUUGUUUCAGGGAUGAAUCUGAUUAUUCUGAAUUCUGCCAUUCUAGUAGUUUUUGUGAUAAAUAUUUCAAAGAUGAAUCUAAGGUUAGUAGAAAAGUUAUUGAGAAAAAUUUUAUGUCUCGUUGUUGGGAAAAUGAUAAUGAGGACGCUGUGAAGUUUGCUAAGAUAUAUUUGAUUCAGUGUCUUCUAUUAUCUACUCAUUCUGAAACUAGAGUUGAGAUGAAGCUUGUACAUUUGAUUGACUGUGAGAGAUUUGAUGAAUUUCCUUGGGGCAGAUAUAUCUUUGAAAAAACAGUAGGUGCUUUAAAGCAUAAGCUAGUUGGUGUGAGUUCAGAGGAUUACCAAAACAACGGUUAUUUUUACAGAUUAAGCGGAUUUCCGUAUAUUAUUCAGAUAUGGUUUUAUGAGUGCUUGGUUCGUGUACCCGACUUUCUUGUCAAGUUAGCCAAAUCUGAAGCGUCUCCUCGUAUGCUACGUUGGAAACCAAAUGACGUAUCGGACUUAAAGGAUGUGGACUACAAACUUUUCAAAGAUAGCAUGAUGAAGGUUUCAAUGAAGAACAUAGAAGCUACUGAAGAUGAAGUAUCGGGUUUAGAUUUUGGUGGGUUAGGUCCUCAACCUGAUGAGAAUGAAUUAGGUUUUAACGACUCAGUUGCUGCCGAAAAUGUUAUUGGUGAGGAGAAUGUCGAUGGGGGUGGUGGUGUUCCUGUUCAUAAUCUUGUGCAGUCAUUAUGUUCAAAGUUUUUUAAGGACUUUAAAGCUGAUAUUGUUCGCGAUUUGAAGGCGUAUGUGGACAGUAAAUUUGAAGUUUUAAAGAAAGAUAUUUCAUCGCUUGAGAAAAGAGUUGAUUUAAUUGAAAAUUUAAAGUUUCAAACGGAGGAUGAUGAGAAGACUGAAUCUGAUGAUGAUACGAUUUUGUUUACUGAAUUUAAUAAGGAAGCUGAUAUUCAAGAUGAUGUAAAAAUCGAGAAGAACUCUCGUGAUGGUUUAGCUGAUAUGAGCAAUGAGAAGCAUGACAAUGAUGAAACUACUCAUGAUGCUAGUGAUCUUAAUUUCCCUAGUACUUACGAGAAACAAAUUGAUUCUAUUACUCAUGAGAUGAUUAAUGAUCAAAGUGAAGGUGUUGGUGAUGUAAAUGAGAGUACGGUUGCUGUUGUUCUAGAAAAAGUUAAUGAUCAAACUGAUGUUAUCGGUGUUGAAAAUGAGAGUACUAUUGAUGAGGCUCUAGAAAAAGAGAAUGUUCAAACUGAUUCUCUUGGUGUUGUUAAUGAGAGUACUGUUGAUGUGGCUAUAGAAAAAGUGAAUGUUCUAGAGGGCGAUAAUGCGUCGGAAAAACCUCUUCCCGCUACAUCUUCUUUUUUGGAAAAUCUUGAUGGAAAGUACAUUGAUGCUAUUGUAACUGCAGCUGAAUUACAAAAUUUAGUUGAUACAGCAACAUAUGUACCUACAAAGGUUACAAAAUAUCAACGCAAGAGAAAGGUUAAUCCUUCAAGUGUGCUGAAAUCUCCAUUCAAAUGUUUUGAUACACCUGAAAAAAUUAAGAAUAUGGGCAAUGUAUUUAGAGAUCAUUGUCCACUAACUGUUGAAAAUGUUGGAGAGAAGCAUAAUCUUGAUUGGGAGGCGGAGUUUUACAAUUGGGUAGAGAUUGACAUCGUUGAUUUGCCGACUAAGAACGUAAAGGGAAAAAAGAAAAGCAAUGAAUUGUAUAAAUUGAAAUCAAGAAAGUUGGUUCCAACUAUGUCUCUUGGUGGCGAAUGCGUUUCAAAGAAGGAUUUCUUUUACAAACUCUCUGAAAGUGGUUGCUAUUUGGAGUCUGAUCAUAUUGAUAUUCUCUUUGGAUAUUUGCGGAAGAAAUGUUCUAUAUUACGGAAUGGCUAUACUGUCCUUGGCAUCGCCUUUGACGCAUUUGUUCAAGCAACAUAUAAAUCUUUGUUGGAGGGCAAGGAAAUAGGGGAUUGGAUGUACCAUGACACUAUGUUUAAUAUAAUUCUAGGAGAGGAAGGAUAUUAUCCAAUCGCUUGGUGUGAUAAGAAGAACGUUAUUUUUGCUAUUCAUUUAAAGGUUGAUGGAAAGGAGCAAGAUCAUUUUAUUCUGGCGAGAAUGGACUUUGACCACCGUUGCUUCUACGUCUACAAUUUUUUAUCCUCUGAUUUCUACAAUUGUAUUGCUAUGUCAGUGGUGCGCGGUUAUGCAACAGUUUUGCCUUUUUUCCUAGACGAGGUUGGAUUUUAUGAACGGAAUGAUAUUGAUUUUAAUUCUGAAGCUUAUGUCGGUAAGGGGCGUACUGAACCUUUUCGUGUUGCUCUUGUUGUGAACAUGCCUCAACAAAGUAAAGGAGAUUGUGGAGUUUUCAUCACAACUUUUGCUGAAUAUCUUAUCGAAGGACGAGAUAUUAGUGCUGAUUUUGUGAAGAUUGAAAAUAUUGAUAUUUACCGGAGAAGAUAUGCUACAAAUUUAUACAUGUAUGGUUUGUGGAAGAAUUUUAGUGGUUAUGUGUCUGAGUAG